CGCCAUGGCCCCGUAGGCCAGCUUUCUUCUUCUCUUCUACUACUACUACCACGUGUUUCUGAAGUUAUAUAUACUUGAGUUGAGAGAAUGAAAACUUUUUUGUGUAGAUGAUUCUAUCUAUCUGUCUUUUACGUCCGUUUUCUCUUCCAUUUCCCCUUCAAAAAACCCUCAAGAACGUCUACCCAUUCCACCUCGUGUCUGUGAUCGGCAAAGGGUAGCCAUUGAUGUUACAUUUCUCUCUUUUAAGCCUAAAAAGCUAGGGCUUUUUGAUGGGUCAGACUUCUUUUUUUGUUUUGUUACAGGUGUCUGUCUGUUCGUGGCUGUUCUGAUUAUUUUUGAAUUAUAAACGGGCGAAUAUCGUUCUUGUCGUCUUUCUUGGUUCUUUAUAGUAUUUAUUCUCUUAGGGCUUAUGUUCAGCACGUUCUGUUGCUUUUGAACAUCUCGAUGUCGUCUCCUUCGACGACGGUUACGAGGGUUUGUUUCAAUUCCAUCUGUAAUAAUGUUUUAUCGCCGCCGAGGAGAGGGUGGCGCCGCCGGACGGGGGAGUUCGCUGACCUGUGUGAUCGAUGCGCAUCUGCAUAUGAAGAAGGAAAAUUCUGCGAGACUUUCCAUUUGAGUGCUUCAGGUUGGAGGUGUUGUGAGUCUUGCGCAAAGCAAAUUCACUGUGGGUGCAUAGUCUCCUUCCAUUUGUUUGUAUUGUUGGAUGGCGGGGGAAUAGAAUGUAUAACUUGUACAAGGAAGAGUUUCAUUCUGACACCAAAUCCUGCAUGGCCACCACCUUCUCUUUUCCUCCCCGCGCAGCCUGAAAGAAACAAAGACCACUCUGCGAAAAACUGGAGUCACCUUGCUGGAUCAGGUCCAGUGCCAUGGCGACAAGCACCCAAUUUAUUCAGUUCAAUCGUUCAGCCUGAAUUGCAACAACGAGUUCCUGUUGAAGCUAGCAAUAAGCAUCACACAAAUCUUGUUUUAGAUAACAAAAAGCUGUCUGAUUUUUCUGGUAGGUUUCUGAAUGGAGCUUUGAAACUUCGUUCAGCAGAAUCACUUGAGAAAGGGAAAGCUGGGAUGGACGAAUUGGAGCAAUCUAAUCACUGUAUAAACCAGAAGGGAAAUUUCUCGAAGAAUGAUGAAUCUAUGCUGAAAUAUGGUUUGGCUAUGCCAUCUGUUUCACCAUAUGAAGUAAAUGACCUAACAAAGCUUUCUAAAACUCAUCUGCCUCUCUCAACUCCUCCAGAACUAGAAUUUGGUGGGAAUUGUGUUUUUGAUCCAUCCAAUGAAGCUCAGUUACGAAAUGGAAUGGGACGAGGUGAUAAUCGGCCAAAAGGACAGUUACUUUCUAGGUAUUCACCCAGGCUAACAGCGCCUGAGUUGCAACAUAUAUCUGCAGAUCCAAAUUAUGUGAUCACUCCUUUAUUUGAGAAGAUGUUAAGUGCAAGUGAUGCUGGGAGAAUUGGUCGAUUGGUACUUCCUAAAAAGUGUGCCGAGGCCUACUUUCCACCAAUUUCUCAUCCGGAAGGUUUACCACUCAAAGUCCAAGACUUGCAAGGAAAAGAAUGGGUAUUUCAGUUUCGAUUUUGGCCUAAUAACAGCAGCAGAAUGUAUGUUUUAGAGGGUGUCACUCCUUGUAUACAGGCAAUGCAAUUGCAAGCUGGUGAUAUAGUGACAUUCAGUCGACUUGGAAGAGAAGGGAAGUUGAUCAUGGGUUUCAGGAAAGCUUCUAAUGCUCCAAACAAGGGAAACGAGACUGACAAUGCUAUUAACGGAGAUGCUAAAAAAUGUAAGGCUGGUGAAAUUGUAUCAAUGGUCAAUGCUGAUUUAGUCAAUCCAGCUAGUCCAGGUUCAAAGAAUGAUAAAUCUGAACAAGCUGGGGAUAAAUCUUCUUCGCGCAUCAGGAGGAAGAAAAAUGCUCUUGGUCCGAAGAUCAAACGGAAAAAGACUGGAGAUGGAGACCUAAUAGAGCUGAAGCUGACUUGGGAAGACGCUCAAGCUUUAAUACGCCCACCUACUAAUCAUAUCCCAUCUAUGGUUAUUAUUCAAGGCAUUGAAUUUGAAGAAUAUGAGGUUGAACCAGUUAUUGGGAGGCCAACAUUUUUUGUUAAAAAUGGCAUCAGUGAAAAUGUCCAAUGGGCUCAAUGUGACGAGUGUUUCAAGUGGCGUAAAAUUCCCAUUGACGCUCUAUUACCUUCUAGAUGGACUUGUUCAGAGAACUUAUGGUAUCCACAGAGAUCUUUGUGUUCAGCACCACAAGAAUUGGAAACAAAACAUCUUGAAGAGUUGUUAUCAAGAAAUAUCAAUGCUGCUUCCAAGAAAAUGAAGGGUGCCAAACAGGACCCAAAUGGAAUCCAAGUUGUGGAUGGGCUUGACAGACUUCCUAACCUAGCCAUCCUAGAAGAAGGUGAGAUGAUGGUUCCAGCAACAACCACCCAAGAGACCACAAAGCAUCCGCGUCAUAAAGUUGGGUGUACUUGUAUUGUCUGCUCUCAACCGCCCAGUGGAGGGCCAAGACACAAGCAGAACUGCGAAUGCACUGUUUGCCAAACAGUAAAGCGUCGCUUCCAAACAUUUAUGCUGAGGCGCGAGAAAAACAAAUCAGAUACAGAGGUGGAAACCGAUACAAGGACAGACCAGCAGCAGAGUAUAGAUGAAGAUAUAAAUGAUAAAUCAGGUGAUAAAGUAGCAACGGAAGAGGAAGAGAUAGGCAAAAUGAUCUGUCACAUUUCACCACUAAAAGGGCAGAUUGACCUGAAUAGCCAGCCAGAUAAGGACGAAGAGCUAUCUCCUGGUUCGGAAUUUGGAAACUCGAGAAAGACAAUUGAAGAUGGUUUUGGCUUCGACCCUAACAUGAAAGUUAAUGAUAAUAAUAAUAGUAGAAACAGGAAUAUGAAUAGGGAAAAAAUGGGUAGUGUAGAAGAAGCUGUAGGGAACGAAACAACUAACAGGAGGAUGAGUUUUGGUACUUUUCCUGAGAAUGCAUCAUCGGCCACCUCUACACCACAAUGAAUGGAUAGGAAGGAUAAGAUAAGAUUAAACUUGGUAACAGAAUUUUUUCUUUCUUUCUAACUUUUGUACAUUCGAGGAUAUUGACCGACAGAAGAACACCACAGGUGCCUGAAGCAGAUGUGUUGUACAUAAAGAGGUAAAAAGGAAGCCCCAAACCAUUGAAUUUUGCUGAGUAUGGUGUAUACCAUAUGGUUUGCAUUUAGGGGAGGAGAAAGAUAAAGAAAUGAUUAUGGGUAGUAGAGAGGUUGCUGAAUGUUGUUAUAGAAUUGGGCUGUUCCUUUUUGCUAGCUCUGUUGCUAGUGCCUAGUAGAAUUAACUAUAUGGAUAAAUAUGUUAUGUCCAGGUUCAGGUUCAAAUUCUCUCCAGUUUAUGUUUUUCUUUUGGUAACAAAAAACAAGAUCCUUAUGGGUUUGGGUCUGGAUCCAAAUACUUUUUUUUUUGAACGUGAACUCAUCUGUAAUUGUUUUUACAGAUUCUUUUGAAACACUUUUUUUUCCCUUUCAAAGUAUAACUAUUGGAAACAAGACUUAAUUACA